CCUCCUACCCCAUGGAAACCCUGGUGCUGGGAUGGAUGCCCAGGGCUGGACUCCUGCUGCUGCCCCUUCUCCUCUGCUUCGGGCCAGAGACCGCCGGGAGCAUCAACUCGGACGCGCUCAAAGCCAUCGUGGAUCACGUCCACCAGUAUCACCCUUCCCCCCCCAUCAUUCAGUAUGCAGUGGCCAUCUCCUUGCCGCAGUCCAUGUGCAACAGCAACAGCCCAAGUGAGCUGAACGAGCACCUGCCUGUGGCCGAGCUCCAGGCGAUGAAAUCCAAGCUGGAGACGGAUAUUCUGUACGAGGGGGAUCACAUCGUCGCCGCCAAACCUGAGAAAAGUGGCAACCGCUACCUGCACUCUGAGUGGCUGAUGCUCAGCCUGGACCAGAAUGGGGUGAGUCCCGUCUCCCGCCUCCUGGACAAGUCCCGGGGCCAGACCAAGUGCCAGGAGACCCGCGCCUUGGAUGAAAUGCAUGGCAACAACCGCUACCCCAGGUCAUUUCCAAACAACCCAUGCGGCUGGAACCGCUGCUUCGUCUUCUUCACCUAUUACGCCCCCUGCCUGAGAACCUGCCUCAGCUUGAAGGACGACCACCGCAUCCAGGAACUCAUGGACGGGAUCUUCAGCGCCAUAGAUGAAGACCAUCGUGCCUUGGCCUUCCAGGAGGUUUUCGAUCAGGACAUAAAUCGGGGGAAGCAGUUUGUAUGGAACUCAUGGCAAACGCUCUGUAACGUGCCCAUGUACCAGUGCAAUAACCAGGGCUGCCAGAGCUGUGAGGAGAAGGACGUCAACAAGAACUCCUGCCUAACAGCAGUGAAAAACCCAACCACGAAAGCCCCGAAGACAGCCCAUGGGUGAGGGCGCGAAGGUGGGAGGAGAAUGUAAGCUGCAAUGCAAUCAAUCAACAACCAACCCAUCCCUCCAUCAACCCAUCCAUCCAUCUGUCCUUCAACCUAUCCAUCCAUGAACCCAUCCGUCCUUCAACCCGUCUAUCUGUCAACCCAUCCAUCUGUCCAUCAACCCAUCCACCAAUCCUUCCAUCCAUCAGCCCAUCCAUCUGUCAACCCAUCCGUCCAUCAUCCUUCAACCUAUCCAUCCAUCUGUCUGUCAGCCCACUCAUCCGUUAGCCCAUCCAUCUGUCAUCCCAGCUGUCCAUACCUCUCACAUACCUCUCCUUCUAUUUCACUAUCUCAUUUCAAGGUGCCCAUUCCCUGAGUAUCUGGGCACUGGGUUUGGCCUGUGAUCUCUUCUCCCUCUCUUUCUGUAUCUCAUUUCCAGGGUGCCCAUGCCCCUGGUAUGUGGGCCCUGGGUUUCCCCUAAAAAUUUGUCUCCCUUUCCCAGUCCAGCAGAUGCACCUUCUCUGCCAUAUGAUCAACACCAAUAAAGCUUCAGAGCAGUCCUUGGCCUCACA